UACAAGCAGUUUCCAUAUGAAUAUCAUAUUGAAUAUCGUGAAUAAACACAAAAGAUUUUAACCAAGAUAAUAAUCUAUUGUGAAAAGACAGAAUUCGACGAGAAAUAAAGAGAACAAAGAAAUGAAUCUGCUGUUGUUAAAUAUCACAUUUUUAUUCUUAACGAUUUUGGAUGUAAUUGCCGUUGACAUGUGGUCCUUUUGGCCAUUAAGCUGCCCUGAUGGAUACAAACGGAAGGAUAUAUUUAGAUGUGCUAAGCAAGACUGUCCUGCUGGAUAUUUUGGCGAUUUUUGCGAGGAGAAAUGCCGUUUUCCAAGCUAUGGAAAAAAUUGUCAAUUGAUAUGUGACUGUGGAGGAAAAUUAUGUCAUGUUGUGAAAGGAUGUCCUCCACCACCUCCUUCCUGUCAUGAUGGAUACCUCGGUAAAUAUUGUGAGACAAAAUGUCCUUAUCCAAACUAUGGUCAGUAUUGUCAACGGGAGUGUUUAUGCCCUAAAUCUCACUGCAACUUUUCCAGUGGAUGCCUGAAAUAUAUGAACGAUUCGUUCAAAAACAUUCAAACGAAGCCAUCACAUAAAUUUUCAACACAACAAAAUAUAAUGUUCAAUAAAGCAACACAAAGAUACCCAUCAGGAAAUCCAUCAACCAUCUUCCGAAAAGACACAGAUCCUUAUCUUUGUCCAGACGGUUUCCAUGGUAGUAAUUGUAAAACACCUUGUCGAUACCCUAGCUAUGGCACGUUCUGCCAGAAGAAGUGUUUUUGUUCAAUACACUUGUGCAAUAUAUCUUCUGGAUGUUCCAGAUCAAAUCAGGAAGACAAAAAUCAGUCUUUUGCAACUAGGAGGUCAACGGUUUCUUCUGAAAGUACAUCAAGGACAACAGAUGAAACAGUAAUUAUUAAGCUGACAACAGGAGGCAACAUAUACUCAGCAGAUAUUACAGACGUACAUUCAGAAGGAAAGAUGGAAGCAAAAAAGGCUCGAAAUGAAGUAAAAGAAAUUCCCCGUGUAAAUAAGGAAGUUUUAUGGAGUAUUGUGGUAUUUGCUGUGCUAACCGUCUCGCUAGUCAUUGGACACAUUUACCUGACAUUUUCAAAAAGGCUUCAAAAAAGAGGAAUACAGAGUCCAGAAAAUGUGUAUUCUAUUGCUGGUGAUGAAUAGGUUAAACCUGAGUAGUUUAAGCUUAAAUAUUGUUACAUGUGCAUAUUAAAUAGCGUUAAAGAAAUUGGCUUUAAGAAUGUACAUGUACAUUGGUGAAUAAUACAAUGAAUAUAUGUGUUAAUGUGCUAAGAACAUUUACACAAUGCAGUCUAUUUCGGAUGAAAAAUAAAUGUAUUUUUCUAGUAUCAUUUUUGUAAAUUGGAAAAUGAACUAAAGUGUGACAGCUCAUAUAGUAAACCUUUUAUUAUCAGUAACUCGGUUUGAUUCAGUGACAGCCUCACUUUAUUUAUACGUGGCAUAUGGCUGCUUUUAAAACUUUGGAUUGCACUCAAAAAGAUCUUCACAGUUUUGUGAAAUAAAAUUAUAGGUUUAGACCUUAAUAUUGUAGACAUGGACUUAAAUUACACGACAACUUCCAUGCCAAUUUCAAUAAGUCUCGCCCACUGGCGUCAAACACAGACAGCUGCAUGUGAUUUACAUGCAUAUUUGGCCUCCUUAGCGUCAGACACAGAGACAGAUGCACACGAGAUUUGCAUGCAUAUUAGAAAAAAAUAGAAAUGGAAAUGCAAUACAUUAUUCUUGUCAGAGCUCUCUUCUUGCCAUCUAUCUGUAGAGUUAACGACUUAAAAACGCAGGUCAAAUAUUUCAUAUUUUUCUUCAGUUUUCUAUGUUACAAGUACAAGCUUCGUUAAACUUCUUUUACUUAUCUCAGGAAUAAUGAAAUUUACAUGUAUCUCCUGCAUGGGAUUUGAAAACAAAGCUUAUCACACUACGAGGUGAUCAAUCUUUAUUAUACACCCGCUUGAAAAGCGAGAGGGUAUAGAGUAAUCGUUAAUGCCAUCCGUCAG